UUGUUUGAAAUGUUCAACAUAGUUUGAUGUUAUGUAAUCUAUAAAUACACUAUCUCACCUGAGGCGGACACGGGAGGGGAUGUAGCUCAGUGGUAGAGCGCAUGCUUUGCAUGUAUGAGGCCCCGGGUUCAAUCCCCGGCAUCUCCACUAACCUUUUUCUCCCCACGACCAGAAAACUCACAAACUAAACUGAAUUAAUAAAGUAUUUAAAGUACUUACCGUUAAAUAGCCAAACAUUUACAUUAUAUUUUGUACUUUUGUGUCUGUCUGUUAUUAUAUAACUCGCUGUAAUCGUGACGCAGUUCACCAGCUUUGGAAACACGAAGCUUUAUAAAGACUGGAUCCCAGAUUUAGCUCACACACAGACUUUAAUCUUAAAUCUACAUACAUAUAUUGAUGCAUCGUCAAUAAUAGAUAAUAAGCUUUUAAUUAAAACAGACCCGCUACAACCACACGUGGCGUCUUUAAGGUAAAAAAAAAAAACGCCACUUGCAGCGUAAAGUAAACCAUCCAGUUAUAUUCACCACAUCCAGCGACACAUAGAAUAGCUUCACUACUGUCUUUUAUUUUGUAAUGUUGGACUAAAAUACAUUUUGUCGAAACAAAACACGCAGAAAGGACUCAUUAUUGAGACCACCUGACAUUUCCCACAGUUUUAAACGCACCACGGGUAACUAAGGAGAUCACAGUGUUUACUACAAAGAUGUCCUCCUCGCUAGCUGCUGCCUCGGCUCUAGUCAGCUAAAUGGCCUUAAUUAUGUAAAGAUUCCCGCUUUAUCUCAACACCAAUAACAUCUUCCCCGCUGCGAGCUUCCUAAACACUAAAGAAAAAUGCAACUGAAGCAUCUUAAGACGCUGUUAACCCCGCAGGAGGGUGCAGCCAAAGUGACCUGCAUGACCUGGGCACCGAAUAACACCAAGUUCGCUGUUUGCACUGUGGACAGAGUGGUGCUACUGUAUGAUGAGCAGGGAGAGAGGAGAGACAAGUUCUCCACAAAGCCCCUGGACUCCAAAUAUGGAAAACAGAGCUACGUUGUCAACGACAUGGCGUUCUCACCGGACUCCACCAAAAUCGCCAUCGGCCAGUCGGACAACAUCAUCUUUGUGUACAGAAUUGGAGAGGAUUGGGGCGACAAGAAAGCCAUCUGCAACAAAUUCGUUCAGACGAGCGCUGUGACUUGCUUGCUUUGGCCUGCAGAGCAUGCAAUUGUUUAUGGAUUAGUGGAUGGCAAGGUUCGCCUGGCCAACACUCAGACCAACAAGUCAUCAACCAUCUAUGGCACUGAGUCCUGCGUUGUCUCACUGGCAUCCAAUGUCUCUGGUAAAGGUAUCCUCUCUGGUCACGCUGAUGGGACAGUGGUGCGUUACUUCUUCGAUGACGAAGGUUCAGGGGAUUCUCAGGGUAAGCUGUUGAUGCACCCGUGCCCACCCUACGCUCUGGCCUGGGGUGCAAACGGCAUCAUGGUGGGCGGCUGCGACAAGAAGGUGGUGGCCUACAGCAGAGAGGGUCACGUCCUGCAGACCUUCGACUACACCCGCGACCGGACGGAGAGGGAGUUCACCGUGGCCGCCACCAGCCCCGGCGGGCAGUCUGUGGUGUUCGGCAGUUACGACCGGUUGCGGGUGUUUAACUGGGCUCCCAGGAGAAGUGUGUGGGAUGAAGCCAAGCCUAAAGAGAUUCUCAACCUCUACACCAUCACCAGCUUGGCCUGGAAGAAAGACGGAUCUCGCCUCUGUGCUGGAACUCUGUGUGGAGGAGUGGAGCUGUUUGAUUGCUGCUUGCGGAGAGCAAUCUAUAAGAACAAGUUUGAGAUGACCUACGUCGGCCUGAGCCAGGUGAUAGUGAAGAACCUCUCCACAGGAACGCGGGUGGUCCUGAAGUCCUAUUACGGUUAUGAGAUAGAAGAAGUGAAGAUCAUGGGCAAAGAUCGCUACCUGGUGGCUCACACCUCUGAUACGCUUCUGCUGGGCGACCUGCUGACAAAUAAACUGAGUGAGGUGCCAUGGCCCGGUUCUGGGGGAAAUGAAAAGUUCUUCUUUGAAAAUGAAACGGUGUGUAUGAUUUUUAAUGCUGGGGAGCUGAGCCUGGUGGAAUACAGCAACAAUGACAUCCUGGGAUCAGUCAGAACCGAAUUUAUGAACCCUCACCUCAUCAGCGUCCGACUAAAUGAGAGGAAGCAGAGGGGAGUCGAAGACAACAAGAAGCUUGCAUAUCUGGUUGAUAUAAAGACCAUUGCUAUUGUGGACUUGGCCGGGGGCUACAAUCUGGGAACCAUCAGCCACGACUCCAAGAUUGACUGGCUGGAGCUCAACGAGACCGGACGCAAACUGCUGUUCAGGGACAAGAAGCUGCGGCUCCAUCUGUAUGAUAUAGAGCCCGGCGUGAAGGCCACGGUGCUGAGUUUCUGCUCCUAUGUCCAGUGGGUGCCGGGCAGUGACGUGGUGGUCGCCCAAAACAGAGGAAACCUCUGCAUCUGGUACAGUAUCGACAGCCCAGAGAGCAUCACCAUGUUCCCAAUCAAGGGAGACAUCGUGGAUCUAGAAAGGGCUGAUGGGAAGACGGACGUGAUCGUGACAGAGGGUGUCAACACUGUGACGUACACACUGGACGAAGGCCUCAUCGAGUUCGGUACCGCCGUGGAUGACGGGGAUUAUGACAGAGCCACAGCAUUCCUUGAGACUCUGGAGAUGUCACCAGAGACUGAAGCCAUGUGGAAGACGUCAGCAAGCGGCUCUAGGAGCCACCAGCUGCCACAUUCUGCAGAAAGGUGUUUUGCUGCAUUAGGGGACGUCUCAACUGUACGUUUCCUCCACCAAACGAACCAGAUUGCCGACAAAGUUUCACAGGAAAUGGGAGGAGAUGGAACUGCCUUUUUCCAAGUCCAAGCCCACGUGGCCAUGCUGGAUAAGAACUUUAAACUGGCUGAGAUGCACUACAUGGAGCAGAAUGCCAUCGAUGAAGCUAUAGAGAUGUACCAGGAGCUCCACAUGUGGGAUGACUGCAUUGCAGUGGCUGAAGCCAAGGGCCACCCGGAGCUGGACAGCCUGCGUGCAAACUAUUACCAGUGGUUAACGGAGACGGGUCAGGACGAGAAGGCCGGUGAGGUGAAGGAGAGCGAGGGAGACUUCCAGGGCGCCAUCAACCUCUACCUGAAGGCCGGACUACCGGCUAAAGCCGCCCGGCUGGCCAUCGGCCACCCGGAGAUCACCAACAACAGCGACACUGUCAGCCGCAUCGCCGCCAGUCUCAUCAAGGGAGAGUUUUAUGAGAGGGCAGGAGAUCUGUACGAGAGGAUCAGAAACAACCAGAGAGCUUUGGAGUGCUUCUGCAAAGGAGGUGCCUUCAGGAAAGCGGUGGAGCUGGCUCGCCUUGCCUUCCCUGCCGAGGUGGUGAAACUGGAGGAGUCCUGGGGAGACUACCUUGUCCAGCAGAAACAGAUGGACGCCGCCAUCAACCACUUCAUUGAAGCAGGCUGCUCACUUAAAGCCAUCGAGGCGGCCAUCGCAGCUCGUCAGUGGAAGAAAGCCGUCCACAUCCUGGAGUUACAGGAGGAUUCAUCAGCAGGGAAAUACUAUGUGAAGAUAGCUCAGUACUAUGCCGCCAUGCAGGACUAUGAGGUGGCAGAGCAACUGUUUGUGAAAGGAGGUCACAUCAAAGAUGCUAUAGACAUGUACACCACAGCAGGACGCUGGGAGGAGGCUCAUAAGUUGGCGGUGAAGUGUAUGACAGAGGAGGAAGUUAUGGCUCUGUACAUCAGCAGAGCUCAGGAGCUGGAGAGAGAUGGGAAAUUCAAGGAGGCUGAGCGGUUGUUUGCCACGGUGAAGCAGCCUGACCUCGCCAUAACCAUGUACAAGAAGAACCGGAUGUUCGAUGAUGUCAUCCGCCUGGUGGCCAAACAUCACCCCGACUUGCUGUCAGAGACCCACCUGCACCUGUCCAAGGAGUUGGAGGCUGAAUCCAGAUUCUCAGAGGCAGAGUACCACUUCAUGGAGGCUGAAGAGUGGAAAGCUGCAGUCCACAUGUACAGAGUCAAUGAUAUGUGGGAGGAUGCAUACAGGGUGGCUAAGAACCAUGGAGGUGCUGGAGCCCAGAAGCAGGUGGCCUACCUGUGGGCCAGGAGCCUGGGAGGAGAGGCGGCCGUCAAGCUGCUCAACAAGUUCGGCCUCCUGGAAUACGCCAUCGAGUCUGCUUUAGAUAACUUCUCAUUUGACUUCGCCUUUGAUUUGGCUCGACUUUCCUGCAAGGAAAAGAUUCCUGAGAUCCACUUCAAACAUGCCAUGUACCUGGAGGAUGAGGGCAAGUUUCCUGAGGCUGAGGUUGAGUUCAUCAAAGCAGGAAAACCCAAAGAAGCCGUGUUCAUGUACGUCCACAACAAGGACUGGGCCAGUGCGCAGCGGGUGGCUGAGGGCCACGAUCCAGAGAGUGUGUCUGAGGUUCUGGUCGGCCAAGCCAAGUUCUGCUUUGAACAGAAAGAUUUCCAGAAGGCUGAAGCCUUCCUGCUCCGAGCCCAGAGACCCGAACUUGCUGUUAAAUAUUACAAAGAUGCAGACAUGUGGAGUGAUGCGAUGCGGAUCUGUAAGGAGUAUCUCCCCAACAAGCUCUCCAUACUUCAAGAGGAGUACGAGAAAGAGACCUCCAAGAAGGGAGUCCGGGGCGUGGAGGGCCUGCUGGAACAGGCCAGGGAGUGGGAGCAGUCAGGUGAAUACCCCCGGGCUGUGGAGUGUUACCUGAAGGUGAAGGAUGACUCCAACACGGCCCUGAUGGAGAAGUGCUGGAUGAAGGCUGCUGAGCUCUACCUGAAUAUGGAUCUCAUCAAAGAGGCAAUCGAUGUCUUUAUCGAGGGUGAGGAGUGGAACAAAGCCAAGAGAGUCGCCAAGGAGCUGGAGCCGAGGUACGAAGACUAUGUGGACCAGAAAUACAAAGAGCACCUGAAGAACCAAGGCAAAGUGGACUCUCUGGUGGGUGUCGAUGUCAUCGCAGCUCUGGACAUGUAUGCAGAGAGAGGCCAGUGGGAGAAAUGUCUGGAUACAGCCUCUAAACAGAACUUUAAGAUCCUCCAUAAGUACGUCGCUCUGUACGCUACACACCUGAUCAAGGAGGAGGAGGCUCUGAAGGCUCUGCAGCUCUACAUACAGCACGGAGCGCCGCCUAACCCUCAGAACUUUAACAUCUACAAGCGCCUGUUUCUGGAUCUGAUUAACCUUCCUGACACUGAUGGACCAGAGUCUUACCGAAUGUGGGCCGACCUCCGCAGUUUCCUGCUGCAGCUGUGUGAGAACAUGUCCAGGUCAGCCGAGGCCAACUCUCCAGCUCAUGAAGACUUUGAGCAGAUGCUUCUGAUCGCUCACUACUACGCCACUCGAUCUGCCGCAAAAGGAGUCGAGCAGCUGAUCAGCGUAGCAGCCAAGCUGUCGGUGUCUCUGCUGCGGCACACUGAGCUCAUUCCUGCAGACAAGGCUUUCUACGAGGCUGGGCUGGCCUGCAGGGCUGUUGGCUGGGAGAACAUGGCCUUCAUCUUCCUCAAUCACUUCCUGGAUCUGUGUGAUGCGAUUGACGAGGGGACCCUGGACGCUCUGGAUCACUCUGACUUCCUGGACACCGACAUUCCCUUUGAGGUUCCAGUUCCCACCAAACUCUGUGUCACCCUCACUCUGCGGUGUUCCUGCCCUCCAGGCUACCCGGUGCUGAGGAACAAGAUCGAGUUCUCGUCUGGGGGGAAAGCGGCCAACAAGGAAGACUGGAACAACUUCCUCAUGGCCACAAAGACCACUCACAGUCCAGAGUGUCAGGACGUCCUCAAGUUCAUCAGCCAGUGGUGUGGCGGCCUGCCGGCAUCUGGAUUCUCCUUCCACUGAUACACACACGCGCACACACUCAUGUUGUUUCAUUCUUCCAUUUUUGCUGCAAGAUUUUAAUUGUAGACACUCUUCUCCUUUUCUCUGUCAUUUAAAAAAAAAAUUGACUAGCCACCAACUUUCUUCCCCCCUGCAAAUGAAUUAUUUAUUAAACUUUUCAUUUAUAUUUUUCUAAAUGUAAAUUUUAUCUCCUUUCUUGGCUGUUUAAAUACUGUUUCAAAGCCUUUUCUGCACUUCCAGUUACAGUAUGUAAUCCUGUGGAAAUUUCUUAAUCCCCUUAAUCCUCCACUUUAUUUUGUAUUCAUUGUUUUUUUGCUAAAAACAGUCACAUUUAAAGCAGUUUAAUCUAAAGAUAACUUACAGCCUUAAAAUCAGGCACAUAUUCCAGUAUGUGGAACUGAUUAAUGUUAACGCCUGCUUAAGACAAUAAGUUCACAUUAAUGUAUUGAGAUGUUACUCUGGACAUGACCUUGGUUUAGCCUUCUGAAUUUACAUAAACCUUUUGCAUUGAGGAAGGUUAAAUCCUUUGACAUUUUGAGUAUUUUGAGUAUUUUGAGUAGUUUUGGCAAGAAUUAGAUGGGAAGAUAAAUACCAACAUCUCAUGUCUGUACGGUAAAUAUGAAACUAAAACCGCUUAGCCUAGCUUAACAUAAAGACUGGAUACAGGGACAUAGAUAUCUUGACUCUGAAGGUGAAACAGCCUCACUGUUGUGGUUUUACCUAGUUAGUCAAGAAACUUUGUUCCCUGUUUUCAGUUUGUGCUAAGCUAUGCUAACUGGCUGUACGAACAUGAGCGUGGUGUCGAUCUCCUCGCCUAACUCUCUGCCAGACAGCAAAAGUGCAUUUCCUAACAUGUUGAACCAUUCCUUUAAAAUUUGAUCGUCACAGCAAAAAGAAUAAAAGAUUCUAUGAAGCAAAAGGUUUCAAACUGCAUUAGUGGUGCAAACUCGUCACUGAAACCCAGAAUAUUGGGUCUUAUUGGGAUCAGUUUAUGCACCUGAAGUAAUGUGAAUGUUUACUUUUAUGAUCCUGAAUACAAGCAGUACAUCUUAAAAUCUAAAUAUCUAAUAAUAAAUCUAAUACAAUAAUAUUUAUAAGAUAUUUACUCCAAACUGCUCUUUCAUUGAAGCUGAUAUUGUAUAUUUUUGUUACUGAUCUCCUGCUGUGUGUUAGCUCCCAGCCCAAAGCUCAAAGACGUAAAUCUUUAAAAACAGCUCACAGUUUAAUUGUUUUAUUUAAAAUAUAAUUAUAAUACAUUCCUGAAACAGCUGGUCACUGUAGUUUUUAACAGAUGUCAGUCAAACAGGAGGAAACUGCAUUUGUUGGGCUCUAUUUUCACUCACGGAUUAACACGCAUUUGGUGUUUUGUGAAUAUUUACAGCAGCAGGACACUGAUGUAGUUUAUUUGGACAAUAAUGGAGCACAGAGGAAGAAGAUAGACACAAAUAACAGUUCAAUAGAUCAAUUUAUUGAUGGUUUUGGUCUUUUUUAUCGAUAAGAAAGACAUAGAAUAUCGUCACACUUGUUUUGCGUCAUUAAAAUCUGGAUGACGGGACACACGACCCUCCCACUGACCUUCCUGUGCUCAAACUAUAUUUUUGUCCCUCGACUGGUCAGUUUAUCCUGAGCCGUCGCCAUGGAAACACAUCCCUCCACUCUGCCGUAUCACCCAUAUAUCUCUGUCUCUCUCUCUCUCUGUCUGUCUUUCUCCUCUUUCUCUCAGGAUGGCAUCGCUGAAUAAAAAGCCAAAGGUUUUCUGCCUGAUUCAAUGCAGAUAUAUUGUGAUACUUUAACAGGUUCGACUGGGACUUUACGUGCAGUUAGAAGGACUAUUUAAUGUGUCUGAAAUGAGCUGUUUUCUGUGUGUGUGUGUGUGUGUGUUUGCAGAAGCAAUGCCUUUAUUGUGUGUUUGAUAUGGAUUGUAUUUUUGUUUAAUAAAGUUCAAAUAAAAGAUAGUUUUCAAGCA